CCCCAAGUUUGUCGAAUAUUGUAUUGUCAUAAAUUUGUCUGCAGACGUUACGGAGUUUUCUCGGUGAAAGAAGUGCGCAAAGUUGAUAAUGGCUUUUAUAAAUAUUAUAUCAAUUAAUGUGUUACGGAGUUUUCCCCACAAAACAAGUUCGAGAAGUUCAUAAUGACUUUUUUAAACAUUAUAUCAAUUGCGGUGUUACGGAGUUUUCCCCACAAAACAAGUGCGAGAAGUUAAUAAUGACUUUUUUAAAUAUUAUAUCAAUUGCGGAUGUUAUUCCUUCGCCGUGGAAGUCAAUCGUGAACAUUUGUGAAAUCUUUGGUGUGGUCUCUCUGGUUUUGGCUGUGGCGACGAGAACUGUACAAGCAGCAUUGACGUCUCCGUGUCCUGAGUAUUUCACUUACGAGAUAUCCCCAUCGACACCAGAUCGGUGGCAUGGCGUAUUAGUGCUGCCUCCUGAAAUGGUUGCAGACUACAUGUGGAUUUACAUUGCAUUGAAUCGCAAAACUCAUAUGUUUGCCAGCGACAGCGAAUCUACGUCGACCGAAAACUUACAAGAAUUCAUAAUGCAUAGAAGAGAUUAUUUCAAUUAUGAAAGUACAAGGAGUGAAGAAACUGUAAGGUUUGUUACAUCUUACGAUUAUGCCCGGCCGAUACCGCGUGUCAAGAUUAUAAGAGUCAAUGGACGCGAAAUAUGCAGAGACAAUAAUACGACACAAGUCGGAAACGAGAUAAGCUUUCCGACGCGCCCAGAGCUUCCGAAUAUGCUGCUUAUAUCAAAAUUGAAUGCAACCGGCUAUACACCGGAGUUUUUGACAAUUUUCCAAAACUCAACCUCUGGAGUUGCGCGAUAAAGUAAAGCAUUUUCGACUUUAAAUACUUGAACUGUGUAUUAUUAUUAUUAACUCACUUUGCAUUAAACAAUAAAAUUUGGUACAUACUUAA